AUGGGAACUACGUGUGGACUUUUCAGGUUUGCUGACAGUAUUGACAAGUUGUUGAUGUUUCUUGGUGCUCUGGGCAGCAUUGGAGAAGGAUUGGCAGCUCCAAUGACCAUGUACAUGUUAAGUGGAGCAAUAGAUGCGUUUGGGACUGCUGAUCAGUCUAUUGCCAAUGAGGUCGUCGACAAGUAUGGACUCAGGCUACUCUAUGUUGCUUUUGGAGUUGGCUUUUCUUGUUUCUUAGAAGGACUUUGCUGGACAAGAACUGCUGAGAGGCAAACAUCAAGAAUACGUAUGGAAUAUUUAAAAUCAGUCCUCAGACAGGAAGUUGGUUUCUUUGAUAACCAAGAUGCUUCCUCGACAACUUUCCAAGUUGUCUCAAACAUCUCCGCUGAUACUCACACCAUUCAGGAUGUUAUAGCUGAUAAGAUUCCCAAUUCCGUGGCUCAGUCGUCUGCACUCAUAUUUGGCGUUAUUGUUGCCUUCCUACUCUCCUGGCGAAUAGCAUUGGCUUCUCUUCCUUUCGCCCUUGGAUUUAUAACCCCAGGUGUCGGAUUUGGAAAGUUAAUGAUGGACAUGGGAGUCAAGAGUAAGGAUGCCUAUGGGGUUGCAGGCAGUAUCAUAGAACAGGCAAUGUCAAAUAUUAGAACGGUUUAUUCCUAUGUGGGAGAGCAGAAAACGGUUGAUAAGUUCAGCCGUGCCCUUGAUGAAAGCAUGAAUCUUGGCAUAAAGCAAGGAUUAAUGAAGGGGUUGAUGAUUGGAAGCAUGGGUAUGAUUUUUGCAACUUGGGCAUUUCAGUCUUGGGUUGGAGGUCUUCUUGUCACUGAAAGAGGAGAAAGUGGUGGCCAUGUUUUCAUAGCUGGAAUCUCUAUCGUCCUUGGAGGACUGUCCUGUAUGACUGCUCUACCUAAUGUGCCAUUUAUAGUCGAUGCAUUAGCUGCUGCAAAGCGGAUAUUUGAGAUGAUUGAUCGUGUUCCAGAAAUAGACUCUGAGAAUGACAAAGGGAAAGUUUUUGCAAAUGUGAGGGGACAAAUUGAGUUCAGAGAAGUUUAUUUCAGUUAUCCAUCAAGAAAAGAUGAGCCAGUCCUUCAGGGACUUAGUCUUAAGGUAAAACCUGGUGAAAAAGUUGGCCUUGUGGGUGGAAGUGGUUCUGGGAAAUCGACAAUUGUUUCCUUGCUUGAAAGGUUCUAUGACCCCGUCGAAGGAGACAUACUACUUGAUGGGCACAGAAUUAAGAGACUCCAGCUAAAAUGGCUGAGGUCUCAAUUUGGGCUGGUUAAUCAGGAGCCAUUUCUCUUCGCCACAUCCAUAAAGAAAAAUAUACUGUUUGGAAAGGAAGAUGCUCCACUGGAACUGGUUAUAAAGGCGGCUAAAGCGGCAAAUGCACAUGAUUUCAUCCUAGAAUUCCCACAAGGAUAUGAUACUCAAGUGGGACAGCUUGGCGUUCAAUUAUCAGGAGGGCAAAAGCAAAGGAUUGCUAUAGCAAGAGCAUUACUCAGAGAUCCAAGAAUUCUUUUACUUGAUGAAGCUACAAGUGCUUUGGAUGCACAAUCUGAAAGUGUAGUACAGGAGGCCAUUGAUCAAGCUUCACAAGGCAGGACAACUCUACUCAUUGCUCACCGGCUUUCUUCAAUCCGGAAUGUUGACAAGAUCAUGGUGCUCAAAUCAGGGAGAGUUGUUGAAUCAGGUACCCAUGAUGAGCUGAUGCAAAUGAAUCAUGGGGAAGGUGGAAUCUACAGUCAGAUGGUGAGGUUGCAGAAUUCAGCGAUACAGAAUGGAUAUUCACCGGAUGAAAGAAGCCCAAAGACAAUAGUGUAUGCCCAUAAUAGCCCUGCUUCCCCCUUUACCGAUGCACUGCCCAUGAGUUUGCUUUCAUCAAUUCAAAAUAGCCCUGCUUCCUCCUUCAGUCUUCAUCGUUGUGACAGUGAUGUAAAAUCAGAUUAUUCUUCAUCUCCAACUCUUUCGCAAUGGCGUUUGCUUGAAGUGAAUAAACCAGAGUGGAAGAGGGCCUUGCUUGGCUGUGUAGGAGCUGUUGGAUUUGGGGCUGUGCAGCCUGUGAACGCCUAUUGCAUGGGAGCUCUCGUCUCUGCUUAUUUUGAGGAUAAAAGCUCGAAAGUGAAGUUGGAGACGAGAUUUUACAGCAGCGUCUUUCUCAGUAUUGCGGUUAUCACCUUCUUUUUUAAUAUACUCCAGCAUUACAAUUUUGCAAUCAUGGGAGAAAGAUUAACCAAACGAAUCCGUGAAAAGCUUCUUCAGAACAUACUCAGUUUUGAGAUUGGGUGGUUUGACCAAGACGAAAAUACUAGUGCUGCAGUUUGCGCACGGCUUUCCACUGAAGCCAACACGGUUCGCUCUCUUGUUGGUGAUCGUAUCUCAUUACUGGUUCAGGUUUCUGCUAAUGCUUUUCUGUCCUUUGCACUUGGAUUAAUUGUUGCAUGGCGAGUUGCAUCUGUAUUGAUUGCAAUACAACCUUUUCUUAUAGUCAGCUUUUAUUUCCAAACUGUUUUGAAGAAACAAAUGUCUAGAAAUGCCCAAGAAGCACAAAACGAAGGGAGCCAGUUAGCAAGUGAAGCAGUGGUGAACCACAGAACUAUUACUGCAUUCUCUUGUCAAAAAAGAAUUGUGGACCUCUUUGAAGAAACACUGAGAGGCCCUCGAAAAGAGAGCAUAAGACAGUCAUGGAUUUCAGGGGUAGGUCUAUUUAGUUCCCAAUUCCUAACAGUAGCUGCUGUAGCUUUGACGUUUUGGUAUGGUGGGAUGCUGAUGAGCAAGGGAUUACUGAGCUCAAAGCAGCUCUUUCUGGCUUUCUUCAUAUUGAUGAGCACUGGCAAGACCAUUGCGGAUGCAGGAACCAUGACAUCUGAUUUAUCUAAAGGUAGCAGUGCAGUUAGAUCAGUUUUUGCAAUUCUAGACCGGAAAACCAAGAUUGAACCGGACAACCUUGGAGGUAACAAAGUUAGAGAAACUCUACAAGGUAAGAUAGAGUUCAAUGAUGUUUACUUUUCCUAUCCAUCAAGGCCAGGAAAAAUGAUCUUCCAGGGCCUCAGUCUCAAGAUAGAAGCUGGUAUAACAAUGGCACUCGUAGGGGAAAGUGGUUCUGGCAAAUCUACUGUCAUUGGAUUAAUUGAGAGAUUCUACGAUCCAUUAAAAGGGUCCGUUCUGAUAGACGACUAUGAUAUCAAAAGUUACAAUUUGAGAGAGUUGAGAUCACAAAUAGCACUAGUGAGCCAAGAACCAGCUCUUUUUGCCGGAACCAUCCAUGAAAAUAUAGUUUACGGAAGAGAUGAUGCGACAGAUUCUGAAAUCAGGGAAGCUGCAAUACUUGCCCAUGCUCAUGAAUUUAUAAGUUCAAUGAAGGAUGGUUAUAAAACACACUGUGGAGAAAGAGGAGUCCAACUUUCAGGAGGACAAAAGCAAAGAAUAGCAAUUGCGCGUGCGAUACUGAAGAAUCCAUCAAUCCUCCUUUUGGAUGAGGCAACCAGUGCCCUCGAUAGCAUGUCGGAGAAUUUAGUCCAAGAAGCACUCGAGAACAUGAUGGUUGGGAGAACUUGUGUGAUUGUUGCACACCGGUUGUCCACGAUACAGAUGGCCGAUUGCAUCGCAGUUGUCAAGAACGGAAAGAUUGUGGAACAUGGGUCACAUUCUGAGCUACUUGCACUUGGAGAUCAUGGUUCAUACUAUUCCUUAGUCAAGUUACAGCAUUACUAUGCAAGUUGACUAAGGAACUUAUGCAGCACAUUCCAAGGUUACUUGCUCUUGGGAAUCAGGCCUGCAUUACUAUAACAUUAUUAUCAGUAAAAUAGUGGUCAUAUAAUCAGUUUAUGCUAAAUUUAAUGAAGCGAUCGAUGUCAGUCGGGAUUGUCAGCUGCAGGAUAUCAAACUUCAACCGGACCAAAGAUCAUGUAAUUAAGGGACAAAGUUAUGAACAAGAACAAAUUCUUAGG